AUGCCGGGCCGGGGGGAGCCGUCGGGGGGCCGGGCGGUGGCGGCGGUGCCGGUUCCCGUUGCGGUCCCCGUAGCGGCGGCCCCGGGCCCGGCGGCGGUGCGCAGCGCCCUCCCCGAGCGGGCGGCGCGGCCGGGCCAAGGGGGGCUGCGGGCCAAGGGCUUCGCCAUCACCGACCUGCUGGGGCUGGAGGCCGAGCUGCAGCCGCCCCCCGGGGCCGCCCCCGGGCCCGCCGGAGGCUACGAGGGCGGCGGGGCGCUGGGCUUGGGGCUGGGGUUGCUGUGUGGCUUGGCCGGGCCCGGAGCCCCCUGCUUGCUGCCCGCCCCCCUGCCGCUGCUCCCGGCCCGCGGACCCCGACCGGGUCCCCCCGGGCCGCCGCCGGCCCCCCGUCGCCACAAGGAGAGCGUGUCCGAUGAGGACAGCCUGUCCGGGGAUGCCAGCGACCUGAAGAUGCCAGCCUCGCAGAUCAAGAGGAAGAAACGGCGGCACAGGACGGUGUUCACAGCCCACCAGCUGGAGGAGCUGGAAAAGGCUUUCAACGAAGCUCACUACCCCGAUGUCUACGCCAGGGAGAUGCUGGCGGUGAAGACGGAGCUGCCGGAGGAUAGGAUACAGGUUUGGUUUCAGAACCGAAGAGCCAAGUGGCGGAAGCGGGAGAAGUGCUGGGGCCGGAGCAGCGUGAUGGCCGAGUACGGCCUCUACGGCGCCAUGGUGCGGCACUCCAUCCCUCUUCCCGAGUCCAUCAUCAACUCUGCCAAGAGCGGGCUGGUGGGGUCCUGCGCCCCCUGGCUGCUGGGCAUGCACAAAAAGUCGAUGGAGGUGAGCAGGAAGGCGGAGAGCCAAGAGAAGCUGGCAGAUGGCUGGCGAGCGGAGCCGGAUGAGGAGGAACUCCAAGGGAAGCAGGCCAGUUCCCAGAGGAGCUCUGACAAACUUAGCCCGGCAAAAAAUCCUGAGGACACAGCCAUUGACCUCUCCAGGACGGCCAAGCAUGAGAAGAGGAGCAUAGUGAGGCAGUGCAUCAACGGGGACCCUGCCGCGGAGCAGAAGGACAGGGACCACUGAGCUUGGGCUGCCCCGGAGGAGGCCAGACCUCACAGCUUCCUGGGGAGAUAAGAAUAUUUAUUAACACAUAUAUAUAUUUUCUUAAGUCAUUGAACUUUUAUCUGAAUUCAGGGCAUUCUAAAACUGGACACCUUCCCCCUGCCUCUGUCCCUUCACUUUUAAGCUGUUCACUUCUCAGCAGAGCACAGAUGCAGCCAGGGUGGAGGGUGGGAGAGGUGUCCCAACACAGCCAAGAGCAAUGUGAAGACGGGACCGUGUUUCGGGCAGCAUGGACGGCUGCUCGGGAAGAGCUUCCCUUCUCCUCUGGGAUGUGAACAUGUCCUGGGCCAUCCAGGAGCACAAAGAGCAGCAAUGCAAUGGGAAUCGUUCCCUUCCCAACCAUGUGGGUGCAGAUAUGGUGCAGGAGUUUACAGACGCCUUCUCUGAGCGCUGCCAUCCCUGCACAGCACCCAUGUGGCAAGUCCCUCUGCUUCAAGCACACAAUUCUUCCACCUCAACCAGCAGUGGGGUUUUUAAACAUGGUAGGGUCCCUCCUCAAGCUGGUGUAACCUGACAGGCCUGCCAGUUUAUACCUCCUGAGGAUCCGGCCUGCCAAUGCAGCCUUACCACUGGAUUUACACUGUGUAGCUUCCUUAACUCACGUUUGGGAGAAGGGGGUAAAGACGUUUUAGUUAUGCAACAAUUUUGUACAUUCUUGAAUGUUACCUGCCAUACUAUGCAUACUAGAACAGACCUUUUUGAAAACCAAGCCAUAGUACCCUGGAACAAUGAAACAGUUUUGUGAACUGACAUAAGAAAAUAUUUUGUAAUUAUCUGUAAAUAGCGUAAUGUGAGAGGUGUUUCUUGGUUGUCCUAUAUUUAUGUCUAAAAGCACUUUAGUGAUCUGGAUUUUUGAAUGUGGCUGUUCCUGUUUUGUCCAUUUAUUUAUUACGCAUCCGUAAGUAAAAUUGUGGUGUAUCUUUGGUUUUCAUGCUCUGCAUUGAGAUUUCUUUUAUUUUACUUUGGCAGGUGUUGUGGUAGUUGCUAGCUUAGA